CGACUCGCCACCCCUCCCCCAAACCCCUGGCCCUGCUGCUCAAACACAUAGGCCCUGGAGAGGUGGACACACAGGACAAGAACAAGGUACCACACACACACACCACCCACACACACGCACACACACACACACCGUUUACAAAGUUGGGUAAUAGUUCUAUCAAACAUGCUUGUUAUGGAACUGUCCCGGCUCUGUGAUUUGAUUGACUGAAUUAGUUCUGAGCAAUCCAAAGACACACGCACACACAACACACGCACACACACGUACGCACACACACACACACUGGAAUGACAAUUGGCUGCUUUGUCCUGACUCUUCAAGGCAGACAGUUGUGCAAAAUACAUUCUACACACACGCACACACACACACACACACACACAGGCCCCCUCUGUCUGUAGCGAUGAUGUCUAUCUGUCUGUUAGUACUGUAAUAAUCCAAUAUGCAUCAUCAGCAUGUCAGAUGACACUGGUUUCAGUAUGUCCCAGAAAACAUCUCUAACAACAACCAUAGAGGAGGUGAUAUCUAUGUUAUAGCAUACUGUUACUGACACUGUUACUGUCCCUGUUACUGUCCCUGUUACUGUCACUGUUACUGUCACUGUUACUGUCCCUGUUACUGUCCUUGUUACUGUCACUGUUACUGUCCCUGUUACUGUUCCUGUUCCUGUUCCUGUUACUGUCCCUGUUACUGUUCCUGUUACUGUCCCUGUUACUGUCCCUGUUACUGUCAUUGUUACUGUCCCUGUUACUGUUACUUUCCCUGUUACUGUCACUGUUACUGUCACUGUUACUGUUACUGUCACUGUUACUGUCACUGUUACUGUCCCUGUUACUGUCCCUGUUACUGUCCCUGUUACUGUUCCUGUUACUGUCCCUGUUACUGUCCCUGUUACUGUUCCUGUUACUGUCCCUGUUACUGUUCAUGUUACUGUCCCUGUUACUGUCCCUGUUACUGUUCCUGUUACUGUCCCUGUUACUGUCCCUGUUACAUUUACAUUUACGUCAUUUAGCAGACGCUCUUAUCCAGAGCGACUUACAGUUAGUGAGUGCAUACAUUUUCAUGUCACUGUCACUGUUACUGUCCCUGUUACUGUCCCUGUUGCUGUCACUGUUGCUGUCACUGUUAAAUCCUCAAUGCAGGCUUUGUGUGUUUCUGUAGAAUAUGUUCUAGGGCUUUUUGAUUUAGUUCCCUACACAGUUAUUCUUAAGGGCGGCAAGUAGCCUCAAGGUUAGAGAGUUGGGCCAGUAACCGAAAGGUCGCUGGUUUGAUUCCUGGAGACGAUAAGGUGAAAAAAAGGAUGAUCUGUUGCUGUGCCCUUGAGCAAGGCACUUAACCCCAAUUUCUCCAUGGGUGCUGGACAAUGGUGACCCUGACUGUGACCCCAGGGAGAGUUGGGAUAUGCAAAAAACACAUUUCCAUUAUGCACUUGUGUGUAACAGGACAAAUAUAAAUGACAAUAAUGUCUCUCCCUGCAGCAGACAGCGCUCCACUGGUCAGCGUUCUAUAACAGGCCGGAGCAUGUCAGACUGCUCAUCAAACACGACUCCAACAUCGGCAUCCCAGAUAGCGAGGGCAAGAUCCCCCUACACUGGGCUGCACACAGCCAGGAGCACACCGCUACACACACCGUCCGCUGCAUACUGGUACACACACACACACACACACACAGUAUCCAGUGAUAAUGUCAUCCUUAUACACACCGUCCUCUGCUUGCUGAUUUAAAUGAGGUGUGUGUGUAGGAGGCGGCUCCUACCGAGUCUCUGUUGAACUGGCAGGACUAUGAGGGGCGCACGCCGUUGCACUUUGCUGUUGCUGACGGCAACGAGGCGGUGGUGGAGGUGCUGACAUCAUACGAAGGCUGCAGCGUCACGGCGUACGACAACCUGUUCAGAACUCCACUGCAUUGGGCUGCACUGCUGGGUAAGAGACUGUGUGUGUUUACAAUGUGGAUCCUAUCAUCAGAAUGGGCUUCCAUCACUGAUCCAGAUACUGGACGGUCAGCCGAAGCGGGACCUGAAAAUGUUGAUGUGCGCGCAUGUGUGUAUUUCAGGCCAUGCCAAGAUAGUGCACUUGUUGUUGGAGAGGAACACGUCAGGCACCAUCCCAUCAGACAGCCAGGGAGCCACACCUCUACACUAUGGAGCACAGAGCAACUACGCCGUAUGUAGACACACGUGCACAAACACGCACAAACACACACACACACACACACACGUUUUCAAGUUAUAUCAAUGACUCAUGACAAAGUAUCUAUCCACAUUAAUGUGUAUGACUUGUACCAAAAUUGUGUGUGUGUAGGAGACGGUGGGUGUGUUUCUGUCCCACCCCUCUGUGAAGGACGAGCCAGAUCUGGAGGGCCGCACAGCGUUCAUGUGGGCUGCUGGCAAAGGAAGUGAUGAUGUCAUACGCACCAUGCUGACAAUCACGCCUCACAUCGACAUCAACAUGGCCGACAAGUACGGAGGCACUGGUGAGGAACUCUGGGAUGUGGGAGGAAAUUUGUUUUAUACGCAGAGAUUGAUUCAGUCAGCAGUAGACCUAGAGCUGCUGUGACUGGUCAGAUUGGUAGAGGACACCUCCCCCCUCACCCUUUCACCCACAUAAUCGACCCCAAAACCACGCUCAACCACCCCACCCCGUCCCGACCACCGCCCCGACCCUCACCACCCCCCACCCCACGUCACGCCCCACCUACCCCCCACUCCCUCACACCCACUCCUCACCCAUAACCCCUACCCCCUACUUAACUCACCACGCCCCCUAUUCACCCUUCACCCCCUACCCCCUCACCCCCUUCAACACAGGUUCCCAGACCAUGAUCUUAAUGCCCUGGCACUGUCACCAUCACAGUACAGAGAGAGAUAAACAGACAGAGAUGACACACACACACACACACACAGACACACACACACACUGGUGCUGGCCUCUGUCAUCCUGCGUGUGUAGGAAUGUUGAGGCACUGGAGGGUGCAAGACAGCGUCUGUCUGAUGUCACAGGGGAUUCCCCAGCGGGGCAUAGAUGUCAGGGGAUUGCCCGAAAGCAGUGGAGCGGGAGAGACGCGUGGGGAGAGAGACAUGUCAACACAUAACUGACACUGUUAAGAAAAUUACCAAAACCAGUGAGCAUGAACACACACUCCCUGACACACACACUCUCCCUGACACACACAUACACACACACACACACCAUCCCCAAGCUGAAGACACGCCAUCCUGUGUCCCCUGCUCUGCCCCGUGGGCUGAUUGGAGCACUAAUCACCAUGGCGAUGCCCCCACUUCCUGCCCUGCAGGGACAAUUUAUGUGGGCAUAUGCUAAUGAGUUGGCGAAAUAUGCAAAUGAUCUGGUGUGCUAUGCUAAUGAGGUUGAGUAUGAUUGGGGAGCAGAGUGGGUUGUUUAGAGUCACUGGAGUAGAUUGAUGGGCCAGUGGCGUAAAGAUUGACUGACAUGAAAUAACAUCACAACACAAUACAGGGUCAAAGUGUAACAAAGGGCUUUUCAUUUGACAAACUGGUUCUGAAAACUCGAGUAGGUGAGGCUGCUGAAGUGUGUGGAGGCUGAAAAUCUAAGCUCAAUGCGUGUGUGUGUGUGUGUGUGUGUGCGUGUGUGUGUGUGUGUGUGUGUGUGUUGCAGCGCUGCACGCGGCCUCCCUGUCGGGUCAUGUGAGUACAGUGAGUUUGCUGUUGGAGAGAGGAGCCAUAGUUGACAGUCUAGACGUGAUGAAACACACACCUCUGUUCAGAGCCUGUGAGAUGGGACACCGCCACAUCAUCCUCACACUUAUCAAAGGUACACAGCAAAGAUGGUGGAUAAUUGAAGAUGUCUUACUCAGGUCGUUUACCAUUGGAAAAAGGAGCGAGUGAGAUGUCCCGCCUCUGGUACGCAGUACCCCAGUGUGUGUUGGUGAUUAUUGUAGACUUGGUAUCCUAGUCCUUGAAUACAUUGUGGUCCAGUAGUAGUGAAGAGUUUGUGGUCAUACACACAUCCUUAAAAACGUAGGUGCUCACAUCCCAAAAUAUACACAUUUCCCCUCACAUGACCAUUAUGCACGGUGGGUGUGGAAUUGGGAGUUUAGUAGGAGUGACUCAAUAAUAUAUAGAAUAUAUGCCAUUUAGCAGACACUUUUAUCCAAAGUGACUUACAGUCAUGCAUGCAUACAUUUUGUAUGGGUGGCCCCGGGAAUCAAACCCACAAUCCUGGCGUUGCAAGCACCAUCCUCUAGCAACUGAACCAUACAGGACUACACUAGUGUCAGUGUACCAUGCUCUACCAACUGAGCAAUACAGGACUACACUAGUACCAGUGUACCAUGCUCUACCAACUGAACCAUACAGGACUACACUAGUGUCAGUGUACCAUGCUCUACCAACUGAACCAUACAGGACUACACUAGUACCAGUGUACCAUGCUCUACCAACUGAACCAUACAGGACUACACUAGUACCAGUGUACCAUGCUCUACCAACUGAACCAUACAGGACUACACUAGUACCAGUGUACCAUGCUCUACCAACUGAACCAUACAGGACUACACUAGUACCAGUGUACCAUGCUCUACCAACUGAACCAUACAGGACUACACUAGUACCAGUGUACCAUGCUCUACCAACUGAACCACACAGGACUACACUAGUACCAGUGUACCAUGCUCUACCAACUGAACCAUACAGGACUACACUAGUACCAGUGUACCAUGCUCUACCAACUGAACCAUACAGGACUACACUAGUACCAGUGUACCAUGCUCUACCAACUGAACCAUACAGGACUACACUAGUGCCAGUGUACCAUGCUCUAGCAACUGAACCAUACAGGACUACACUAGUGUCAGUGUACCAUGCUCUACCAACUGAACCACACAGGACUACACUAGUACCAGUGUACCAUGCUCUACCAACUGAACCAUACAGGACUACACUAGUACCAGUGUACCAUGCUCUACCAACUGAACCAUACAGGACUACACUAGUACCAGUGUACCAUGCUCUACCAACUGAACCAUACAGGACUACACUAGUACCAGUGUACCAUGCUCUACCAACUGAACCAUACAGACUACACUAGUACCAGUGUACCAUGCUCUACCAACUGAACCAUACAGGACUACACUAGUACCAGUGUACCAUGCUCUACCAACUGAACCAUACAGGACUACACUAGUACCAGUGUACCAUGCUCUACCAACUGAACCAUACAGGACUACACUAGUACCAGUGUACCAUGCUCUACCAACUGAACCAUACAGGACUACACUAGUGUCAGUGUACCAUGCUCUACCAACUGAGCAAUACAGGACUACACUAGUACCAGUGUACCAUGCUCUACCAACUGAACCAUACAGGACUACACUAGUGUCAGUGUACCAUGCUCUACCAACUGAGAAUACAGGACUACACUAGUGCCAGUGUACCAUGCUCUACCAACUGAACCAUACAGGACUACACUAGUGUCAGUGUACCAUGCUCUACCAACUGAACCAUACAGGACUACACUAGUCCAGUGUACCAUGCUCUACCAACUGAGCAAUACAGGACUACACUAGUACCAGUGUACCAUGCUCUACCAACUGAACCAUACAGGACUACACUAGUGCCAGUGUACCAUGCUCUUGUAAUGCAGGAGUUGGGUGGGCUUACUAUGGUGAAGAAUGCCUCAUUGAUUUUCAUUGUGUAGGCUCUGCUCGUGUCCACCUGGUGGAUCUAGAUGGACACACUGCUCUGCACUGGGCGGCUCUGGGGGGAACGCUGAAGUCUGCCAGGUCCGUCUUUUCACCUUUAUACACUAUUGUAUUAAACCUGAACACUUCUUCAUUUGUCUUCCAUUUCCUUUCGUUAUAGACUGUGUUAAGUGUGUGUUGUAAAGUGCAUUGAGCCUGUUAACUGGUACUGUAACCUCAGUGUGAUGUCAUGGUAGUUGCUGAUGGAGAAUGGGAUCAAUCCUAACGUCCAGGACCUGGCAGGCAGGACUCCUCUUCAGUGUGCUGCUUACGGAGGAUACAUCACCUGUAUGGCUGUACUACUCAUGGAGAACAACGCCGACCCUAAUAUACAGGACAAAGAGGUACACACACACACACACACACACACACACACACAGACAUACAUUACAUUACAUACACACACACACACAAAGUACUCUCCACUGGUCCUGUACUACUGUGUGUGUCUGUAGGGCAGGACAGCUCUCCACUGGUCGUGUAACAAUGGCUAUCUGGAUGCUGUGAAGCUGCUGCUGAACUCUAAUGCCUUCCCCAACCACAUGGAACACAACGAGGAGAGGUGAGGAGGAGGAGGAGGAUGAGGAAGUGCCUCAUCUAUAGUUUGGAAGGACAUCAGCUCCUGCAACAGUAGCAAGUAUCUGUUUUGAUUCAAUAAGUAGCUGUUGGUAUUGUCUUGCUAAGGAAAUUUAGUUUAAGUGCUGUCUCUAUCUAGUGGCCUACUUAAUUGUAUUUGUACUUGUCUUGUCCUACUAGCACUGACUUUGCUGAUAACUACAGGUAACUGCCAAGAUAAAGGAAACCCCAACAUAAAGCGUCUUAAUAGGGCGUUGGGCCACCACGAGCCAGAACAGCUUCAAUGCACCUUGGCAUAGAUUCUACAAGUGUCUGGAACUCAAUUGGAGAGAUGCGACACCAUUCUUCCAUGAGAAAUUCCAUCAUUUGGUGUUUUGUUGAUAGUGGUGGAAGACGCUGUCUCAGUCACCGUUCCAGAAUCAAUUGGGUUGAGAUCUGGUGACUGAGACGGCCUUGGAAUAUGGUUUACAUAGUUUUCAUGCUCAUCAUAUCAUUCAGUAACCACUCGUGCCCUGUGGAUGGGAGCAUUGUCAUCCUAUGGGGGCAUAGCCAUGGUAGCCAAAACAAUGGCCUACCCAGCAUUUUUAUACAUGACCCUAAGAAUGAUGGGAUGUUAAUUGCUUAAUUAACUCAGGAACCACACCUGUGUGCAGCACCUGCUUUCAAUAUACUUUGUAUCCCUCAUUUACUCAAGUGUUUCCAUUAUUUUGGCAGUUACCUGUACUUUAUUGAGGGAAAAUGUACUUGCUACGAUUGUGAUGUUGUUGUCUCACCUAGCUAUGUUAAGAUGAAUGCACUAAUUGUAAGUCGCUCUGGAUAAGAGCAUCUGCUAAAUGUAAUCAAUGUAAAAUGUUUUGUAAUGUUCAUAAUGAAUUUUGUGAACCUAUUCUCUGUGUGUGUUGUUUUUCAUAAAGCAAGUUAAUUAGGUUAAAGAUACACUAUGCAGAUUUUGAGUUCAUACAGGCGCAGAAUUAAUAAACAGUUGAUUAAAAUUGCACUUUUGUUAAAGGUGCACUAUGCAGAAAUCGCUCCGCCAUUUCCUGCUUGCUAAAAUUCGAAUAGUUCGCCUAAUAUCAGUUUAUGUGACAAAACAAGCAAGUAUAGUGUAGAGAAUCAUUGUACCGUCUAAACCGCUGUGAAAUAUAUUUUCCAUAACCAAUAAUGUUGUAUUUUCAGCUGUUUGAAGCUGGUGUACAGAACCAAAAGUUAAAAGACGCAAAAACGAAACUUAGAACAGAUCUACUCUUCUUAGACUUGCUUUCAUUGAAAAGUUACAUAUUGCAGCUUUAAGUGUGUGUGUUCAUGGUGUGUUCAUGGUGUGUUCAUGGUGUGUGUGUAUAGGUACACCCCCCUGGACUAUGCCCUCCUAGGGGAACACAGUGAGGUGACUCAGUACAUGUUGGAGCAUGGAGCUCUGUCUAUAGCAGCCAUCCAAGACAUCGCUGCUGCUUCCAUCCAGGCCCUGUAUAAAGGAUACACCGUCCGCAAGGCCUUCACUGAGAGGAAACAACUCCUGAUGAGACACGAACAGCUACGCAAGGAUGCAGCCAAGUACCACACACACACACACAUACAGACAUGGCAUACACACAAUCACACACACACACACACACACCACACACUCACACUCACACACAUAGAAACGAGCGUUGUGAUCCAUCCCCUGUCUGCUCAGUGCUCUCUGUCAACAACUCUAUCAUAGUCAACCAGAUCAUGGCAAACACACACACACACACACACACACAAACACACACACACCCACAUGCUCUUUCUAUAUAUUUUCUCUCUCUCUCUCUCUCCUCCCUCUCUCUCCAUCUCUCCCUGUCUUAUUCCCCCAACCCAUAUAGAAACAGUCACACUCUCUCCAUAUCCAUCUUUCCACCUGUCAUCCCUGCAUACACAUACAUCUUCUCCCUGUCUCUCUCUCUCUCUCUCUCUCUCUCUCUCUCUCUCUCUCUCUCUCUCUCUCUCUCUCUCUCUCUCUCUCUCUCUCUCUCUCUCUCUCUCUCUCUCUCUCUCUCUCUCUCUCUCUCUCUCUCUCUCUCUCUCUCUCUCUCUCUUCUCCCAGUCUGUCUCUCUCUAUCGCUCACACAUCCCCCUUUUAUAAUUCUAUAAACGGCCUGUAAGGGUCUCUGUGUUUGGGACUCCUAUUAGGCUUGGAUUACUAUAAGGAUUCUGCUGUCGUUCUUUGUAACGGCAGGACUAGUUUGUGAUGUUAGAGUUUGGGCUGGUUCAGCGUUAGGGUUUAGAUAGGGCUUUGAGAUAAGGCUAUAACUAGGGUUAGGGUGUAUGUGUGUGAGACGUGUGUGAGACGUGUGUCAUUAUGUCACUCAGGAAACGCGAGGAGGAGCAGCGGAGGCGGGAGGCGGAGCAGCAAAUUUCACUGGCCAGAACAGAGAAACAGAGGAUGUUAUUGGCCCGCGCUGAGCAGGAGCAGCUGUCAUUGGCUGAGACUAUGAAGGAACUGUCAGUGUAUGAGAGAGAGGCAGGGGGUGGGGCUAAGACAGCCUCCAAAGCAGAACAGACCAACAGCAAAGAGGAGACACGGAAACACAGUGGUACGGACACACACACACCACAGGAGGCUGCUGAGGGGAGGACGGCUUAUAAUAAUGGCUGAAAUGGAGUAAAUGGAAUGGUAUCAAACAUGUUUGAUGAGUUUCCAUACCAUUCCAUUAAUUCCAUUCCAGCCAUUACUAUGAGCCCGUCCUCCCCAGUUAAGGUGACACCAAACUAGUUUUCAUUGGGAAGGCAGAUAAAGCCUUUUUUAUCAAAAGCAAUCACUUUUGCAUGUGAAUCCUACUCAUUACUGUUGGAUUUGAGAAGGGUGCUCCUCCCUCAUCGCUUUUGCCCGUUCACGUCACGGGCCAUAAACCGGUGCCCCGAGGCUCAGCGUAAUCGGAUCCGCCCAAUGAAAAACAGGUGAAAUGAUGAACGUGAUCUUCAUUAUCUCCUACCAUAUUGCACAAGUUGACUGCAGGUAUUACUUAAAAAGUAGCUCGAAAUAUUCAAAUGUAAAUAAAAAAAACGAAAAGAAGUAGUUUCAAUGGUAUUGACGGUAUUGAAAAACCAUCCCGUGGCUAUUUCCAAAACCCUGGACUACGAUAUAUAUACGGUAUACCGCUCAAACCUAACACACACACACGUAUACACACUCUCUCAAUCUCUUACUUCCCUCUCUUUCUCAGCACAUAAAUUUAGAAGCAGAUCCUCCAGGAAAGGGAAGGAGGCGGAGCCAGCCAAAGACCCUGACCCCGUGGUGACCCCUCACCCCUCAGUGACCUCUGACACCAUGCCCCCUGCCCAGGCUUCUAGGGUCAGGGAGCGUCUCUCUCCUGCAGGCUGCAGCCGACCCCCCAGCCCAAAACACAGACCCCCCACCACUCCCAGGACCAAGAGACGCACCUCCGCAAACACACACACUACCUCCAACACACACACUCCUUCCAACACACACACUCCUUCCAACACACACACUCCUUCCAACACACACACUCCUUCCAACACACACACUCCUUCCAACACACACACUCCAUCCAACAUACACACUCCAUCCAACACACACACAUCUACUAGCCCCACCAUGGACCAAGAAGCCCCCAGCACCAGGGAACGCACCCCUAGAAGCAAGAGAGACGCACACACCACCACACACAACCCCAGACACAGGACACGCCCUGCCACAGACCAUACCACCUCCUCCAGCAAGUACCACACUAAAGCCUCCACACAGUCACACCGCCCCAGCAGCAGCAAGCCCAGGGAGGGGGACAGAGACCAGGCUGCCUGCACUAUCCAACGAGCCUGGAGGAGGUAAGGUUUAAGCCCAACCAGGGAUGGUCUGCUUUUCAUUCUUCCCAUUCCAUCUCCAAGCUGAGCCAGUAUUGGGGGUACUGCCAUGGAAUAGAGCCUGUGGCCCCUUUACCAAAGCAGAGGUGAUCAGAGACUUUCUCUCUGGCCCGAUACCAAGGUUGGCUCUGAGAUGGCUUCCCAAAGAGCCUGGAGGAAGUGUGUGUAUGGUUGAAGAGGGGGGGUUAUACUGUGCUCCACAGUAGCAUUCUCUCUUACCAUGAGAGUGUGGCAGUGCCAUGUGGGGCCCACAUGUGUCUGCCCUCCCUACACACACACCAGGUUACACACAGCGUCUCCCCCUCUCGCUCUCUGUGGUCUGGCUGCCUGCCCUCCUACCAUCAACACCUCCAUUACGGGGGAGAGGUGGGGGAGACGGGGUAUAAUCUGGAGCCCUCUCAGCGUUUUAACGAGAGGCUAAAAGUUCAGGCGUGCUGUUCUAAUAGCUACCAGCAGCCUCUCAUUCAGGGCCUACUACCCCACAGCGGAAAGCCCUCUGUUCCCAGCCACCAGUAGGUUACUAAGCUCCUAAAGUAUGCCAUGGCCGGGUUCUGUUCCCCUAGAGGAAGUGUUAGGUAUUGAUGCUGAAGAGUAGCAGACCCAGAAUUGAGCCUUGUGGAACCCCUGAGGUUGGACACUGAAUUAUUAUGUCUCACCUCUCUUAAACCAGCUUUUCCAGGGAUGCCUGUAAUGUUUUUCAGUGGCCUGAAUAAUGUCCAAAUGUCAUGUGUUGUGUAAUAAACAAACUAAAUAGGUUGGACAAAUGAAGGCCUCUCCAAUGUACUGUGUUCUGGGUGUGUUUGUGUGUAGGUUCCAUGUGCGUGGCAGAUUGAGGGAGGCUCUUGGUGCUAGGAAAGGGAUGGAGACACCUGAGGCCGCCUCCCUCCUGAUCCAGCUGCUCUGGGAUAGGCCGGCUUUCUCUAGUCACACCCCUAUUAGGACCAAGCCUGAGGCCAGAGUUCCGCCCACCAAGACAGCAGCCAAGACCUCAGUGCUGCAAAGCAUCUAUGGUAAGGCCUGGCGUUCUGUCCAGAAUGGUUUGAUUCUGUCUUCAAUUUGUUUAAACUCUGAACUGUUAACAUUUAGAGAUUGACCAAUUCUUAACAGCGCCUAGUCGCCUACUGUAAAUGGGUGCAUUACUGCCGAGCUGCAGCUUCAAACUCCAACAUAUCUGUAUGGGAUUAGUAUAGGGUGGUGUAUAGUCCACUUAAGAUAUUAGCAGUCCUUCAUCUUAGAAGUGUACAGUUUUUGAUUAAGGAAAAUAUUUGUUUCCUGAGGUGAUGGUAUGAAGCUGUUUGGUUUGGAAUUUGAUGUUAUGUUAAAACAGAAUAAGAGAGGCAUCAAGGCAGAGAGUUAGCAAUAACUAUUUACCUUAUAAUGUUAAUAUACACAUGCAAUCACACUCUCAGCUGUGAAUACAUAAUCAUAUAAUCAUAUAGAGAUGUGUGUGAGUUGUGUGUUGUAAUAACCUCUGGUACGGGUUCGACCCAUAGACAGGCCUGACCUUCAGCACACAUGACCAGGUGAUGAUUGGAGAAUGGGCAGAAACCUACCAGUGCCAACACAUACACCGAUACACCCAGAUAGACCCCCUACCUUUUCUGGCCUGACGUGGCAGCCCGCCCCCUUUCACACACACACAUACACACACGCUGACAGUCCUGUCGACUGCUGCUGUGAAAAGUUCAGAGCUGUCAGGGGGAAUGUCAGACGACUGCGUGGAGCUGUCUCCUGAACACACAUACACACAUUAACGAAACCCAUUGUCUCUCUCUCAGACAUACAAACCCGUCAACCACAUUCACCUAUGUGUGUGUACAGAGGUAUCACAGAACAGGCCCCGUGUAGCUCAGUUGAGAGAGCAUGGCGCUUGCAAUGCCAGGGUUGUGGGUUCGUUUCCCACAGGGGGCCAGUAUGAAAUAAAAUAAAAUGAAUGCACAAACUGUAAGUCGCUCUGGAUAAAAGCGUCUGCUAAAAUGUAAAAUGUGUUUUUCCUAUUUCUUUAGUUCAGUUUCACUCUUCUUACAGGUUGACGUUUCCAAGGCUGUACUUCAUUCCUUUCGCCAUGCUUUGUUUGGUGGUACAGGUGUAGUGUUGAUAAAAAAUUGUUACCACUUGAAGGCCCCAGCGGGAUUUGAACUCGCGACCCCUGGUUUACGAGACCAGUGCUCUAACCACUGAGCUAUGGAGCCUUGUUUUUCACAGUUCAACCAGGAGGACAAAAGGAUUUAAAUUAUACUCCCAUUCGAGAACAAAGAUAGCGUCACACCCAACCUGACAGGCAGGUUACCAGUCAGGCUCUUAAAACAAAGGACACUCCCUGAUCUCCCUUAAACUUAAACAGCGUACCCCAGCUUGGCAGUUACAGUUAGAUGCAUGAAUGAAACCAAAAUGAGUCAGAUUGCAAAUGUCCUGUUUUUUAUUGGUCCUUCCAGAUGGAUUAUGUGUGUAGCGAUUCACCAUUCAAGCUAGCAGCCUUGGCCAAUUUUUAUAUUUCAGACUUACAAUGUUGCUAUUUUUUUGUCUUGCAGUAGGCUCUCCAGAUGUUUCUGUGUAUAAUGACUGUGUGUGUGUGUAUAUGUACAGUUGAAGUCGGAGGUUUACAUACACUUAGGUUGGAGUCAUUGGGGCGGCAGGUAGCUUAGUGGUUAAGAGCGUUGUGCCAGUCACCGAAAGGUCACUGGUUCUAAUCCCCGAGCUGACUAGGUGAAAAAUCUGUCGAUGUGCCCUUGAGCAAGGCACUUAACCCUAAUUGCUCGUGUAAGUCGCUCUGAUAAGAGCAUCUGCUAAAUGACUAAAAUGGAAAUGUCAUUAAAACUCAUUUUUCAACCACUCCACACAUUUCCUGUUAACAAACUAUAGUUUUGGCAAGUCGGUUAGGACAUCUACUUUGUGCAUGACACAAGUAAUUUAUCCAACAAUUGUUUACAGAUAGAUUAUUUCACUUACAAUUCACUGUAUCACAAUUCCAGUGGGUCAGAAGUUUACAUACACUAAGUUGACAUUGCCUUUAAACAGCUUGGAAAAUUCCAGAAAAUGAUGUCAUGGCUUUAGAAGCUUCUGAUAGGCUAAUUGACAUCAUUUGAGUCAAUUGGAGGUGUACCUGUGGAUGUAUUUCAAGGCCUACCUUCAAACUCAGUGCCUCUUUGCUUGACAUCAUGGGAAAAUCAAAAGGAAAUCAGCCAAGACCUCAGAAAAAAAAUUAUAGAUCUACACAAGUCUGGUUCAUCCUUGGGAGCAAUUUCCAAACGCCUGAAGGUACCACGUUCAUCUGUACAAACAAUAGUACGUAAGUAUAAACACCAUGGGACCACGCAGCCGUCAUACCGCUCAGGAAGGAGACGCGUUCUGUCUCCUAGAGAUUAACGUACUUUGGUGCGAAAAGUGCAAAUGAAUCCCAGAACAACAGCAAAGGAUCUUGUGAAGAUGCUGGAGGAAACAGGUACAAAAGUAUCUAUAUCCACAGUAAAACAAGUCCUAUAUCGACAUAACCUGAAAGGCCGCUCAGCAAGGAAGAAGCCACUGCUCCAAAACCGCCAUAAAAAAGUCAGACUACGUACUUUUAGGAGAAAAGUCCUCUGGUCUGAUGAAACAAAAAUAGAACUGUUUGCCCAUAAUGACCAUCGGUAUGUUUGGAGGAAAAAGGGGGUACUUGCAAGCCGAAGAACACCAUCCCAACCAGUGAAGCGGGGGGGGGGUUCUUCCAAAUGGACAAUGACCCCAAGCAUACUUCAAAAGUUGUGGCAAAAUGGCUUAAGGACAACAAAGUCAAGGUAUUGGAGUGGCCAUCACAAAGCCCUGACCUCAAUCCAAUAGAACAUUUGUGGGCAGAACUGAAAAGGCAUGUGCGAGCAAGGAGGCCUACAAACCUGACUCAGUUACACCAGCUCUGUCAGGAGGAAUGGGCCAAAAUUCACCCAACUUAUUGUGGGAAGCUUGUGGAAGGCUACCCGACACGUUUGACCCAAGUUAAACAAUUUAAAGGCAAUGCUACCAAAUACUAAUUGAGUGUAUGUAAAGUUCUGACCCACUGGCAAUGUGAUGAAAGCUGAAAUAAAUCAUUCUCUCUACUAUGAUUCUGACAUGUCACAUUCUUAAAAUAAAGUGGUGAUCCUAACUGACCUAAGACAGGGAAUAUUUACUAGGAUUAAAUGUCAGGAAUUGUGAAAAACUGAGUUUAAAUAUAUUUGGCUAAGGUGUAUGUAAACUUCCGCCUUCAACUGUACGUAGUUGAUUUGUAUGCUUAUUGUCUUGUAGGAGGUUCUGUGGCCCGAAGGGGGCGCUCUCUCGGGGGUUCUCAGUCUCAGAUACUACUGGACCUGUCACUACGCACACACAGCCAGCGUGAGUACUCUCUCUCUCUCACACACACACACACACACCUGGUUGUAUUAUGUGAAUAGAGUGAUGUGGAUGAACUGUACAAAAUCUCUGUUUCCUCUGUUAACAUGUUUAUUAUACUUUCUGUGUGUGUGUUUUUGCAGUGAGCAGUAUGGAGUGUGUGCACCUGUGUGAUGCAGUGGGGCAGGCCAGGCAGUACUCCUACCACCUCAGACCCCACAGCGCUGGACAGGGCCGGGGGAAACACUGACGACUACACAUACCCUGCAUGUGUCCUUUGUGGCUCAGUUGGUAGAGCAUGGCGCUUGUAAUGCUAGGGUACUGGGUUUGAAUCCCGGGGCCACCCUUAUGUAAAAUGUAUGCACGCGUGACUGUAAGUCAAUUUGGCUAAAAGCGUCUGCUAAAUGGCAUACAUAUGUGUGUUGCCGUUAAGUUAUUUACUUACCCAACUGCCUUAUCAUGGUGGGGUUAUUGGCCAGAUUGUACCAAAGAGGAUCUAUAUACUGAGAAAAGGUGGGACCCAAUGCUGUAACUAUGGGAAUACAUUUCUGCAGAGGUGGGAACACUUGAGCCAAUGAGAGGGCAGGUUUGCGUGUGAACAACAGGCAUUGUUUUUGUCAAAGAGGCCACGUGCGUCCACUUAUAUCAGUACAUUCGUAAUAACAAACAUUACGAAACUUACAUUCGAUCAAAUAAGCCUCACUCAUCAAUUCAAUUUUAUGUUGACAAAAUUUAACACUCAUUGACCUCCAUACAAAAAAAUCCCCACUUGGUUUGUGUCACGCUGUAUUCUCGCGCAGACAGAUUUUCUUGCUUAGCCUCUUCCUCUCAGAUUGUACUCUCUUCCUGUGACCAGUAUUAUAAACAAAGCUAUGUGACAUCACAGUCAUGACCUCACAGGGAGGAGUUAAGUCUACCGCCAUGGUGUGUGUGCAAGAUAAUUUCAACCAUACAGAGAAUGAACACACACACACAGAGAGAUAACCUUUCCUCCCAUGUGGAGAAUGAGGCAGUCUGUCAACAGCCAGUCAUACAGCCAGCCCACCUGCAGACGCAGACACACAAGUCUGCUUGCAGACACACACGCCUGCUUGCAGACCCACACACUCUUCCCGUCAGCCAUAACACUUGUACUAGGUUGUAGUCAGCUCUACCUUAGUAUCUACCUGAGCAGGUUCGCACAGGCAUGCAUGUCCCUCCCCCUUUCCCCUCAGCCAUAAUAGUAGGUAGACAGAUGUCCACAAGGUACUUUGGCGCCACAGGGUACAGGUGUACCUGUGCUUUCUCUGUGGAGGGGGGUAUAUUUAUGCAUUUUAUACACACUCCGUUACUCUCUUUAAUCGUAUACUAUACGUCACUUCCUGCCUUAAAGAGAUAGUCGACUUAAAAAUCUAAGUUUGCCAUAUGUUUGUGGCACCUCAUCAAAAAGCCUGUUAUCAUUUAGAGGGGAACUGUCACUUUAAAGAUAGAAACUGUGUUUCAGUGUCAAUGCUGUUCAAUCUGAUGCACUUAGGUUGAAACACCAUCAGAUGCCAAGUCUUUACAACCUCAAUGUGAUAAUGUCAAUAUUGUUUUUCUACUCUUUUAUAAAACUUCUCAAAUAAAUAAAUUGACAAGUUUCACUGACUCCAGCUUUAUUUUGUCUUUUUGUAACAAAAACUAAUCAGUUGAGAAAUACUUUAAUUCAAUCCAUGUCUUGGAGAUGCAGUGUGUGCAGGCUUUGGUUCCAGCCCAGCACUAAUACCCCUGAUUCAGAUGAUUAGUUAAACAAGUAUAUUAGUGCUGGACUGUAACUAAAGCCUGCACAUCCUUUUAACUCUCCAGGACUAGUGGUGGCCACAAGAUUUAGCAAUAUGAAGAAGACAGUUGGUUUUGGGCCAGGAAUUAUAGCUGAAUGAGGAGGACAGAGAGACCGAUGGGGAAGAGAGGAUGUCUGGGGUUAGACCAGGGGUAUCAAACUCAUUCCACGGAGGGCCUAGUGUCUGCAGGUUUUUGGUUUUCCCUUUCAAUUAAGACCUAGACAAUCAGGUGAGGGGAGUUCCUUACUCAUUAGUGACCUUAAUUCAUCCAUCAAGUACAAGGGUGGAGUGAAAACUCGCAGACACUCGGCCCUCCGUGGAAUAAGUUUGACAAGUGGGUUAGACAGUGGACAGAGAACAGGAAGAAGGGUCUGUGGUUGGUUUGGGGCCUAGGUCAGUAGAUGUCUCGGAGCCCCAGGUUUCCAUGGUGAGUCGCCAUGGUUACGCUGUAGCAGUACAGCAGGUCAGUCAUCCACUGCUCCUUCGACUCACCUCGACAGUACCUCUGGAACACACACCGUCAUUAGAACCUCAGAACACACACUUUUUUUGCAUUGUCAUGUUUUUAUUCUAACAUGAUACUUGUUUUAGCUUCCUUACUACCGUGAGGUCCUGUAUAAUGUGUUGUAGUAGAGUUGCGUUAGCCAGCAUGUGGUUGAGUAGUUGGCUGUGUGUGUUUACCGUGAGGUCCUGUAUGAUGCGUUGUAGCAGAGUUGCGUUAGCCAGCAUUUGGUUGCAUAGCGCUGUGUGCUGCAGCAGCAGGGACAGUAUCUGGGCCAGCUGAGGCAGCUCCUCCUCACACAGGUCCCUAACUUGCAACGACUGCAGAACCAACCGCAACAGCCGGGGAACGCUGCUCAGCGCCGCCACACACGCUCCCCACACCGCCUCCCUGCAGGGAGAGAGAGGUUGGACACUAUCUAUACACACAUACAAUCUACACACCACCUACCUACAGGGAAGGAAACAGGUUACACACACAGACAGGCCUACCUCUUGUGGUUGUUCUCUGAGGCGGUGUCCUGCUGUAGGGUCAGUAGCAGAGACAGUAGGCUGAGGCAACAGCGGGACAGGAACCUCAGCAGAGGUUCACUGGGGAGGAAGGACAGGUCCAACAGUCUGGCCACAGCUCUUAACAACCCUGCUGCCAUACUGUCUGGUACCACAGCCAGACCCAUCUGGGAGGGAGAGAGACACAGUUUUACACACACAAACACACAGAGAUGAGUCCACACAAGUACACCAUCUCACCAGGUUCUUGCAGAUGCCGUUCUGCAGCACGUCGAAGCACUGUGAACGAGACCCCAGCGUCUCCAAGCAGUGGCACACUUCCUGUGGGCGGCACAUACAGACAGUGGUUAAGAUCACUUCCUGCUGUUUUAAAAGUUCAUAGGUCACAACAUUAAUAUCUGAGUGUCUGCUUGAUGACAAACAUUUUAAAUUAAAUAAAACGUAAUGUAACCAAUAUGUUACACAUCCACCAGAUUGUAACCUCUCCUCUCUUCCACAUCCACCAGAUAACUCUCCUCCAGACUCCCCCUUUUCCUAAAAAUGAAAGGGUUAAGCGAGUCCUGAGGCACGCUGGGUAAUGGGAGCUGACAUGUGGCGGAUCGGACAAUCUUUUUAAACAAUGUUUUAUGAGCCCAAACAAUCAGGAAGUGUGUGUGUAAGGAGGGUGAAAUCCAAUAGUAGUAAUGACAUUAUGGAGGGAUGGAAUUAGAGGACAAAUGAAGGAGAGGCACGUGUCACUCUCUCCUCUAAUCAACAUCACCCACAACCAUUCAUCAGACAAACCACAUUACCACACACACAUGCAAAUGUCUACUUAGUUAUUUUUCUACCUAACAGAUGGUCUUUCUCCCCACAUUCCUGUGUACUGAGAACAGGAAGUGAUACAUAACAGGUUUGAGCCAACAGGUACAUUACAAUAUGAAGUUGUCUUUAGUGCACUGCUCUCUCACACACACAGUGUAGAGAGCGACAGAGGGGUACAGGUGAGACGAGAGGGCAUCACACAAACUUUCAGAGGUGUGAAACAACGUUAAACCUUUCCUCAUUAACUUCAAAUCAAAACCCAAUUUCUCAUGACCUUCUAUGGAAAUGAGGUGUGUUCAAUGUGUUAGAAUGUGUGCACACCAGACCCCAGACCUGUGCACCUGUUGGCAUUCUCCCCCUCCAUUAAAAACAAUCCUGUCUCAUUAGUGGAAUCAGAGCAGACAUGGUCCGUCCCCUAAUACUGUCCCCCCCUGCCCCCCCAACCCUCAGUCUGAUUGACUCAGACAUGGAGAUGAGACGACCAGGAUCUCAGGCUCUAAUUGAAGAGCUGAAUUAGUGAUUAUAGCCCCCACUCACACACCUCUUGCUUCGGGGUGCGUUUCCGUUAACGGUAAUUUCCGAGCACAAAUGUCACACUCCCAUCAUGCCACAGGCUCUCAUUAGCAUUUCCAUGGUGCCCGAUAACCACGCAGACCCGGCCUGCACAACGCGAUAAAGGUUCCCCUCUCGGCCAGUGUGGCCAGAUAAAGCUUCCCCCUCUGAGCCCUGUGUGUGACACCAGGGGGAACUAAAUAACUGACACUGUGUCCAGAAUACCUCUCUCACAGGUACACUACAUUGGAAGAAGUGCUCAGUCUCUCUCCAUCUCGGUCGCUGUCCUCUUUUCACAUUCUACUCUCCAUCUCGCCCUCUCAUUCACCCUCUCUUCCUCUUUCUGUCACAACAGUCACUUAUAAAGCCCUGGUAGGUGUUUCCUGACCUCAACAACGUCCCAGUGGUGUGUGAAUUGCUCCAGGGGGGUGGGGUACAGGCUGAGGGGGGAGAGGGGGGAGGGAGGGAGCACACUCUCAUCCCCAGCCUCCUGCAGGGUGGCCAACUCAUCAGAUGAAAACCCUGAAAGAGAGAAAGAUUGGUCAGUUUCCUUGGAGAGUACUUCUUCACGAACCUGAAGAUUGAUCACAUCUGAUGACCAGAUAUCAGUGAGACGUGUGUGGGCGGAGCCUGACCUGUGAGGGUGGAGAACAGGAAGCUGAUGUAGUCAACAUCACGCAGGGUCGCGUCCUGAGACCCUACUGACCAGCCACUCAAAGAGGACCUGAAACGCACAUGCAAAUAGGUUAGAAUGGACUGAGAAAGAGGACGGUAUGGAGCGUUGGUUGAGUGAUAGAGCCUAACAAAAGUCAUCUUACAGGAUGGAGGAUUGUUCCAGUUAGUUUUCUGAUUAUAUGGGUCAGACUUAUGUCCAUUUCUGUAGGCGUAUCUGGAACUGACCACAUUACACAGAAUGUAGUUUCCCCCGAGCAGAGUGUGUGUGUGUGUGUGUGUGUGUGUAUGUGUGUGUGUGUGUGUGUGUGUGUGUGUGUGUGUGAAGAAGACGGGGGGGGGGGUUAGAGAUAAAUAAAUGGUGUGUUCUGUAACAUAAGAGACGUGCCAUCGUUCCAUGACGUCUCUGCCACAUUCCACUUCCCAAAGAAACCUUUGUGCUACACACACUGCCCCAACCCCCAGUCUUACACACACUGCCCCAACCCCCAGUCUCUACACACACUGCCCCAACCCCAGUCUCUACACACACUGCCCCCAACCCCAGCUCUACACACACUGCCCCAACCCCCAGUCUCUACACACACUGCCCCAACCCCAGUCUCUACACACACUGCCCCAACCCCCAGUCUACACACACUGCCCCAACCCCCAGUCUCUACACACACUGCCCCAACCCCAGUCUCUACACACACUCCCCCCAAACCCCAGUCUUACACACACGCCCCAACCCCCAGUCUCUACACACACUGCCCCAACCCCAGUCUCUACACACACUGCCCCAACCCCAGUCUUACACACACUGCCCCAACCCCCAGUCUCUACACACACUGCCCCAACCCCCAGUCUCUACACACACUGCCCCAACCCCAGUCUCUACACACACUGCCCCAACCCCCAGUCUCUACACACACUGCCCCCAACCCCCAGUCUCUACACACACCACACUGCCCAACCCCCAGUCUACACACACUGCUCCAACCCCCAGUCUACACACACUGCCCCAACCCCUAGUCUACACACACUGCCCCAACCCCCAGUCUACACACACUGCUCCAACCCCCAGUCUACACACACUGCCCCAACCCCCAGUCUACACACACUGCCCCAACCCCUAGUCGGGUGUGUGUAACACUGCCCCAGAGACACACAGGAAACACUGGGUGUCUCACAAAUACACACACACCUGCUGGCGAUGCACAUUGAUGACAUCAUAGCGUUAUGCAAGACCGGAUGUGUGUGAGAAAUCACUGCCAAACCACAGCAUGACCAAACAGCAGAACAUUGCUUAUGCUCACACACACUAAAAGGACCAACACUGCCAUCUAAAGGCCUAUGUCUAGUGAACUAAGUGCCAGGCCUGGUUAUAACCCAUGAGCUCAAGACUCUGCUCUGCUUUGUGUAGAUCGAUAGAUAUAUAGAUAGAGAGAUAGAGAGAGUGUGUGUGUGUGUGUGUGUCCAGCAUGUGCCACUGAUCUUGUGCCACGACCCUCGACGUGUCUUAAUUGGUUAAUUGUUUGAUUCCAUUAAGCUGGCAAACCAUCGGUCUGCUGUCUCCUCUCUCUAACCAGGAACGACUGACAGCUCACACACACAAAUAGUUUUAUGAAUUGAAAAUUAUAUUUAGAAAAUGUUUAAAAGUUUAAGCGCAAUAAGUUAAAAGAUUUUAAACCGUCUGGGGUUAGUAAAGGCCAUGUGAUGUUGGUCUGCCCUGGAUAUCAACUAAAUGUUUUGAGGAUGAAACCUCAACGGUCAAACGUUGUUUAAGUUUAAACACUGGGUUAGUGACAGAGUUUAUGACCUCAAUCUGUAGCUUUGGGAGGUUGCUGGGGUUACCUGAGGUGUAUGAUGCGUAUGAGGGAGGCAGCCAGGCCAGCAGAGACGCGUCCCGCAGUGCAGCAGCGACUCAGAUUGGCCAACAGACCCUGUGA